AAAGCAGCUGAGGAGGUGACAGAUAACAUCAUUUGGAUUUGGUAGUCCAGUAUCUCACUCGUUAGCGUUCAAUUGCCAUCUUCUCUAUGUGGGCAUUGAGCCCCAUGGAGAAGGAGAUUCGGAUUCCUGGAUUUCGGACACUUUUUUCGCUUUGGAUCCAGAAAAAACACAAGGACAAAUCUCGAUGUCCUCCAGUUCCAGAUACAGAACACCUGGGCAGUUUGGAUGAAGUGGUAGUGAAGGAAAUCCCCAUUACACACCUCGUCAAGGAAGGAUCUGAGAAGGCUGAUCAAUCACACUUUGUCCUGCUGAAAGUCCUGGGGCAAGGAUCCUUUGGGAAGGUAUUUCUGGUUCGUAAAAUCACCCCGCCUGACAACAAUCAACUGUAUGCAAUGAAAGUGCUCAAGAAAGCUACACUUAAAGUGAGAGACAGAGUAAGAACUAAAAUGGAAAGGGAUAUUCUUGCUGAAGUUAAUCAUCCAUUUGUUGUCCGGCUCCAUUAUGCUUUUCAGACUGAGGGGAAAUUGUACCUGAUCUUAGACUUCUUACGAGGAGGAGACCUCUUCACUCGUCUUUCUAAGGAGGUGAUGUUUACAGAGGAGGAUGUAAAGUUUUACCUGGCUGAGUUGGCUUUGGGUUUGGAUCAUUUACACAGCCUUGGGAUAAUUUACCGUGAUCUAAAACCUGAGAACAUCUUACUUGAUGAGGAAGGUCACAUAAAACUAACUGUUAUAUCUUUGCUUGUUAUUCCCUCAGAUUUUGGACUUAGUAAAGAAGCGAUAGAUCACGAGAAAAAGGCAUACUCGUUCUGUGGGACAGUGGAGUACAUGGCUCCUGAGGUGGUGAAUCGUCAAGGCCAUUCGCACAGUGCAGAUUGGUGGUCCUAUGGCGUUCUGAUGUUUGAGAUGCUUACUGGGUCCCUACCAUUCCAGGGGAAAGAUCGCAAAGAAACUAUGACACUAAUCCUAAAAGCCAAAUUGGGGAUGCCCCAGUUUCUCAGCAGUGAAGCUCAGGGUUUGUUACGAUCUCUCUUUAAGAGAAAUCCAAUCAAUAGAUUAGGCUCUGGCGUUGAUGGCGCAGAAGAGCUUAAGCGCCACCCAUUUUUUUCCACCAUUGAUUGGAAUAAGCUGUACCGCAGAGAGAUCAGCCCUCCCUUCAAACCAGCAGUUGCGCAGCCAGAUGACACCUACUACUUUGACAAAGAGUUUACUUCACGCACUCCAAAAGACUCUCCUGGAAUUCCUCCAAGCGCAGGAGCUCAUCAGCUUUUCCGUGGUUUUAGUUUUGUGGCUACUUCAUUACCCAAUGUGGAUGGAAAAGCUUCCACAUCUCCUGGACUUUCUGUACCUAAGAUAUACACUAAAAACGCUGUAUUCAGUGAUGUGUACACUGUACGGGAGACUAUUGGCGUUGGUUCCUACUCUGUGUGCAAGCGUUGUGUUCACAAGGGAACAAAUAUGGAGUAUGCUGUGAAGAUAAUAGAUAAAACCAAGAGGGACCCGUCAGAAGAAAUAGAGAUUUUACGCAGAUACGGUCAACAUCCCAACAUUAUUACACUAAAGGAUGUAUAUGAAGAAGGAAACAGUGUCCACCUGGUGACCGAGAUUAUGAGAGGUGGAGAACUGCUUGACAGAAUUUUACGUGAGAAGUAUUUUUCAGAAAGAGAGGCGUGUGCUGUUCUUCUGACUAUCUGCAAGACAGUGGAAUAUCUACAUUCACAAGGGGUUGUUCAUAGAGACCUGAAACCAAGCAAUAUCCUGUAUGUUGAUGAAUCUGGAAACCCAGAGUCCAUAAGGAUUUGUGAUUUUGGAUUUGCAAAGCAACUGCGUGCAGAAAAUGGAUUACUAAUGACCCCAUGUUACACAGCGAAUUUUGUGGCCCCUGAGGUGUUAAAGAGACAAGGAUAUGACGAAGGAUGUGACAUCUGGAGUCUGGGCAUUCUCCUCUACACUAUGCUUGCAGGAUACACUCCAUUUGCUAAUGGCCCAGAAGACACACCGGAGGAGAUAUUGGCACGGAUUGGAAGUGGAAAGUUUACUUUGAGAGGGGGAAACUGGAACACUGUUUCAGAAUCUGCAAAGGACCUGGUGUCUCGUAUGUUGCACGUGGACCCCCAUCGCCGGCUCACUGCACGUCAAGUUCUACAACACGAGUGGAUAACAAAACGAGACUUGCUACCUCAGAGUCAGCUUAAAAGACAGGAUGCACAGUUAGUGAAGGGAGCUAUGGCUGCAACAUAUUCUGCCUUAAACAGCUCUAAGCCAGUCCCUGAGCUACAACCAAUCAAAUCCUCCAUCCUUGCACAGCGACGUGUCAAGAAACUGCCCUCUACCACUCUGUAGCUGGGUUCCUCAUCUUUCAGAAUGAUUCUCUUAUAAUAAUGACCUGUGGUGGUGAUUUUUAAACCAGCUUUCAUCAACGGUGCACCAUAUUUUACCAUGACCUUAUAAAGCUGUGUUCCUCCUGCAAACAUGGAUUUGGUACAGCGUAGGCUUGCUGUGCUACUUUUUCUAGUACAGUAGCAGGAGGGUCCAAGGGCCAUGUCGUAUUGCCUAAAUGAAAACGGUACAAUCGUUAUGACAAGGCAUACAUGGCUAUUUUUUUUUUCUUACUGGAGGGUGGCCGUUGACAUUCUGUAAUUCAUUCUAUGCCGCUCCUGAUACCUUUGCAGCACUAUCUCAGGGCUGUCUGUACUCUUCCUGUCUGUGACAGUAGAGAUACUGCUAUUUUACUUGUGAAAGUGAGAAAUUGAGUUUUAAAAAUCUGUUUUUGCCUUCUGCUUUGUGUUACAAAGACAAUUACACCUUCAAAUAUGUGACAUGUUCAUAAAAAUGCAGAUUUUGGUGUAUUUGUACACCUAAGGGCUCACUGUGCUUCACUUGUGCUUGUGUUAUGUGGGGGCCUUUUCUGGUCAGGCACCAGAAGACAACCUAUCUACUAUCUUUUGCACCUGGCAAGGUGUAAGAAAUGCUCCAGCUUUCAAAAUCAACACAACUUCAAUAUAAAAACUUCUGGAAUAUAAAACUGAUCUGUGGGGUAGGGUGUGUGAAUGGAUGUUUCGGUAUGUGAAAUAUAUGUUGAUUUACAACAGUAACAUCAAUAUAUAAGAUCGGGAGGGUUAUUGAUAAAGAGAAGUUUGCCAUCUGUAAGUUGGUUAUACAUGUAUAUCAGGACAUGAAUCCCAUUUAUCCAGAUACAGAAGAUUCCUCAUUUCACUGUAGAAACCUCAUAAGGCCAACCCCACCCCAAUGAAAAACUAUGCCCAUUAUAUAUUACUUGACAUAUAUAUAAUGGGAAACCCCUCCAGUAAAUAAAUGUCAUGUUUCAGAUUUGUAUUGGUUUAAUGUGGUACUUUUUGUACAUGCUAGUGUUCCUGACUCUAUUAUUCGGGCGGUAAGUAAACAGUUAUGCAGUCACCAGAUCAGCACUGCUAGAUAAGCUAUGCAGUUACUCUAAAUGAUGCAAUAUUCAUUUAUGUAACUGUUCUCCAGGUUAUUUUGGAAUCUCUUCCAGGCAAUGAAAUGUUUUAGAAAGCUAGUAAAACUGCUAAAAUUAGUGAAUGGUUGCCAUGGACAACACCAUCUCCUCCACUGUUACUUGUGUCGCUCUAUCAAAUUGCUCAUCCUUGUGUUAGCAGGCGUUUUAUAGUUUAAUUGCCUGCCUGUACCAGGACUUUCUAUUGUUUUAAGUUGCAAGUCCAGGUGCAGACCGGCAUUUAGCAGUAAAGUUUGAAUUUUACCCACAGGAAGGAACGCUGUUGUAAUGGCACCCUAAAGGGGUUUCCCACCACACUACUGAGCACUCCACAGUUUGUUUCUCCUGUUUGUUAAUGGUGAGUGACCGGAUGUGUAUCACCGAGGGCCAAAGACCCCUGAUUUUGUGAAAAUUACCAGGGUCAGCUAUACACCAAUCACUUCUGACAUAUCAAGUUGAAAUGCCAUAAAAGGGUAAUGAAAUUAAAUCCAUUACCCAUUUUUGGAUUUUUCUGCACUGUUAAUAAAGUCUUGUGAUGUCUUUCUUGAUGUAUUUGCAUAUAUUCUUUAUAAUUAGUGUAUUUUUUUCUAAUAGAUCUCCAAAUGAUUUCUUAUAAGUAGCGUUCUCUAGCUUGUGAAUACUGGAGCUCCUGUGGAUUUUGUCGCCUUGAAUUUGUUCUGUUCUGCUAUAUAGUAUUUUCAUCAGGAUAAAAAUAAGGAAUAUUCAUUUACUUGGGACUAUGUUUCUUAAAGGUCAGUUUUGUGG